GUAACAGCAAAAUCAGCUGUUCUCCCAAUGGCAGUUUCUAUUUACAGUUAAAUAGUGGGGGGUUACCGCUUUGCCGUUAUAAAUGUUCAAUUUAUUCUUUAUACCUUUUUUUAACAGUUUCGAAAAAAGAAAGUAAUAGUGAGUGGUACACAAUGAAUGACUCAUUCUUAGAAGAUUUAGAUUUAUUGCCAAACGAGAAAAGAAAUGCUAGAGAAAGUCCAAUAGAUCGACAUGUAACUGUCAGACACACAACCUCUUCCCCUUUACAACGUUCAUCGGAACAAGAUGAUUUUGAAAAACUUAUAGUACAACAACAAAAAACUGAAAGUGUCUCGAGUAAGGUAUCAAAAUUGCCACAGAUUCGGGAAUCCAAUAAAAAGGAGUUACCUAACAAAGAUGUUGUUAGUAAAAAUGUAACGGAAAAUGACACACGAAAGCAAAUGUUAAAAACAACUAAAUCCUCUGAGAGAAAAGACAAAGUUACGGAAAAUAAAUUAAAAUCAAUGGAAAAUAAAGUUAAAUCAGACAGUAAAGAGAAGGAUAAUAAUAAGCAAGAGGCAAAGGUUAAAGUAUCAGAUAAUAAAAUUAUUAUUAAAGAUUAUAAUCGUCGGUCUGGUAGUUGUAAAGAUAAUACACGUUCUUUGGAUAGUUCCAGUAAAGAAAACAGCCGUCCAUCAGAUUCUUCGAAAGGAAUCAGUACUCAUAUGGACGUAACAAAGGAUAAAGGAAGACGCACGAGUGAAGGUUCUUUAAAAAAGUCUGAUACAAAGGAAUAUGAUCCAGUUAUAUUGCUUAAUGCAAUUAAAGAUCUUAUAAGUACUUAUACCAAACAAGAAAGCACAAAAUUAUUAAGAGCUAUGCAAGAGAUUCACAUAAAUUCACAGAAAACUUUUAUAAGAAAUAUGUUGUUACAAACUGAUGAGAUAAUUAAAGAAAUACAUCCAACUAGAGAUUCGACUCGUAUGAAAGCUCUAAUAGAAGAAAAUGAACAAUUACAAGAGGAUUUAAUCAUUUUACAAAAACGUUAUAAUGAUUUACUUAAGAAAUUAAGUGAUUUGGAACUUCUUAAAGAAGAAAACACAGCUUUAAAGUUGAAAUGUAAAGAAUUAUCUAUGCAGCAACAAUGAAUAUUGAAAUAGACUUUUUCAUGCUUUACAAAAGAAACGUCAUUUAACAAUUACAUAACUUUAUAAUUAAUCAAUGCUUUGCCAAUGAAUUGUUAACAAUCUCUGCCAAAUGGUGAUAUUCUAAACUUUUAAUUGUUAAUUUGUAAGUAGGAGUAUAUAUAUAUUACAAGUUAUCUAUAUAACAAAUGAAAUAAACAGUGCCUAUUCAUAGGAUAUUAUUAACUCAAUUGUUAAUCGAAGAAUUAAGUGUAUUAUCUCUCUCUCUCACAAAAAUAAUUUAUUUUUAUAUCAUCAUUCCAUUACUUACUUAUUAUAAUGUAAUCCAUUGUUAGCAGUCAUCACAUUUAUGCAUUAUUAUUAUUAUUAUUAUUUUAUUAAAUAAAUAUAAAAGCAUUAUAUAUAUUGUUCAAUCAAUAUACUAUGUAUAAUGUUGCUUUUUUACACAUAAGACCAAUGAUAAUGCAUUAAAAAUACGUUGAAUAAAUUCUGCAUAAAUAUUUAUUAAUUACAAUGUGUAUGCAAUCAUUUAAUAAAGACUUUUAUUCUU